AUGUAUUUAAUCACCACAAGCAUUGAAAUCAAUGCCCCUCCAGCAACGGUCAGAGAGAAGUUUCUCGACUUUUCAUCCAUCUCGAAAUACUCACCCAAUGGAUUUAUCCGCUCGAUAUCCCCAGUUGACCCAACUAAAUCAUCUAUCGAUCUUCAACCUGGCGACAAAUUGAAUGUCUGUGCAGGCUACGGAAAGAUGAAGUUCUCGCCCGUCGUGUCAUCAAACACGGAGGCUAUGUUUAGCUGGAUCGGUUCUAUCCCAGGAAUCUUCACUGGGGAGCAUAUAUUUCGAUUCGAGGAAAUUCCCGCAACGGGACAGGAACAGAGUCACACAAGGUUCAUCCAUGAAGAGACGUUUACUGGUCUCCUUUCAUUUCUUAUGGGGGAGGGCUUCCUCGCCGGCUAUGUUGGUCUAGCGGAGGAUUCAAGGAAGGGGUACGACGGGUUCAACCACGAUCUCAAGGCUUGGAGCGAACAAAACCGCACGGAAUAG